GGCUUCUCCUGUGUGACGUCAUCUCCUCCCUCCGGGACGUUUUUAGUUUUUAAUGAGAGGUUUUAGUUCCGCUGAGUGAAGCUGGUGGCUGCAGCUGGACCUCCGACCUUCUUUAGAUUUCCUCCACAGCAACCAGUCGAGUUGAGCCCAGACGAGGCGAUGAAGGUUCUGGUGGUUCUGCUGCUGGCGGCGGUUCUGGUGGACGGCAGAGUGUUUGAGCGGUGCCAGUGGGCCCGAACCAUGAAGAGCUACGGGAUGGACGGGUACUGGGGCAUCAGCCUGGCCAACUGGAUGUGUCUGACUUACUCUGAGUCGAGCUACAACACUAUGGCAGUCAACCACAACCGGGACAAAUCCACCGACUACGGCAUCUUCCAGAUCAACAGCCGCUGGUGGUGCAACGACACCCGGAUCAGAACCGCCAACGGAUGUCACAUCAUGUGUGAACAGCUGCUGAGUGACGAUGUGGGCGUGGCCAUCAGCUGUGCGAAGCGCGUGGUCAGGGAUCCCCAGGGCAUCGCCGCCUGGGUGGGCUGGAGGACGCACUGCAAAAACCAGGACGUGAGUAAAUAUUUGGACGGAUGCGGCCUGGAUUCCUCAUUUCUUUAAACCAGGAAGAAGAAACUCUGAUCAAAAUCAAAACUUCAUGGAAGCUGAUUAAAUCUGUUCAGAAUGAAAUGAUACAAUCAGAAGAUGUGGAAAAGUUCUGCUCUCUAUAUUCACUGUUCAAAUUAAAACGUUGAUUUUUAACCUGA